GGCCGGGCCGCAGGCAGAGGCGGCUGCGGGCUCUGGAGGCCGGGCCCAGGAGCAGUCCAAGCGCCGAGCCCCGCCCCCGGAGCCCCUGCCCCUCCCUCCCUCCCUCCCUCGGCCCGCCCUCCCUGCGCACCCCUCCCCCCAGGACCCCCGCCCCCCGCCCGCCGCCGCCGCCGCCGCCACCGCCGCCGUCGCCACUGCCGCUCGCUCCGGCUGCAGAACAAUAAAGCAAGCCUCCCAGAGACCCCCGCCGAGGACCCCUACCCGGCGGCCAAACCCCCGCGGACCGCCCCUCUCCGCCCGCGCCGGUUGAGCGCGCCCGGGCGCUGGCCGCGGUGCUGCCCAGGCCGGCGCUGGCCGCGGUGCUGAAGCUGCCGGCGCUGCCGCUGCCACCGCGUUCUCCGGGCCCGGCGCCGCCGCCCCCGGGGGCAUGGGGGGCCGCUGACUGAGGCUCCGCCGCGGCGGCGGGGGGUGGGAGGGGAAGGGGGCCACCGAGCCGGGCCAGCCCUGCACCCACUCGCAGCCUCCAGGCCCGGGACGGAGCCGCUCCCCCCCUCUCCGCCCCCCCAGCCUCCUCCCCCGCCUGUCCAGGGGCGGCACUGCGGGCUGGGAAGCCGGGACCAGAGGAGGGAAGGAAGGAAGAGGAGAGGAGAGAAGGAAGGAGGGAUUGAAGGAAGGAAGGAAAGAAGGAUUGAAGGAAGGAGGAAGAAGAGGGAUCCGGAGGGGCAACGGAGGAGACGCAGGGCAGCAAGGAGAGAGGACACCACUCGCGCGGCAGCAUCCAAAGGCCAGAGUGGGGACCCGCGCUGCCUCCGCCGCUCCUCGGAUGGUGACGGGGCCCUGCCGCCGCAGCCCCCCCAAGCCCCGGCUCCGCAGGCCCACAGCGCCGGAGCCCCGCAGGAAUCAUGCCCAGGUCCUUCCUGGUCAAGAAGGUCAAACUUGACGCGUUCUCUUCGGCCGACCUGGAGAGCGCCUACGGACGCACCCGCAGCGACCUCGGCGCGCCACUGCACGAUAAAGGGUACCUCAGCGACUACGUGGGGUCCUCGUCCGUCUACGAUGGCGACGCCGAGGCUGCGCUGCUCAAAGGGCCGUCGCCGGAGCCCAUGUACGCAGCAGCUGUGCGUGGAGAGCUGGGUCCGGCGGCUGCAGGGUCUGCGCCGCCGCCCACCCCGCGCCCGGAGCUGGCCACCGCUGCGGGCGGCUACAUCAACGGUGACGCGGCCGUCAGCGAGGGCUACGCGGCGGACGCCUUCUUCAUCACCGACGGGCGCUCGCGGCGUAAGGCUUCCAAUGCCGGCGCUGCCGCCGCUCCCUCCACAGCCUCGGCGGCGGCCCCCGACGGCGACGCCGGAGGCGGGGGCGGGGCGGGCGGGCGCAGCUUGGGAUCCGGGCCGGGGGGCCGGGGCGGCACGCGCGCGGGGGCAGGCACCGAGGCGCGCGCGGGGCCAGGGGCCGCAGGUGCUGGCGGCCGGCACGCGUGCGGCGAGUGCGGCAAAACAUACGCCACGUCGUCGAACCUGAGCCGCCACAAGCAGACGCACCGCAGCCUGGACAGCCAGCUGGCGCGGCGCUGCCCGACGUGCGGCAAGGUGUACGUGUCCAUGCCGGCCAUGGCCAUGCACCUGCUCACGCACGACCUGCGCCACAAGUGCGGCGUGUGCGGCAAAGCCUUCUCGCGGCCCUGGCUGCUGCAGGGCCACAUGCGCUCGCACACCGGCGAGAAACCCUUCGGCUGCGCGCACUGCGGCAAGGCCUUCGCCGACCGCUCCAAUCUGCGCGCGCACAUGCAGACGCAUUCGGCCUUCAAGCACUUCCAGUGCAAGCGCUGCAAGAAGAGCUUCGCGCUCAAGUCCUAUCUCAACAAGCACUACGAGUCGGCCUGCUUCAAGGGCGGCGCCGGAGGCCCCGCGGCUCCUGCGCCGCCACGGCUCAGCCCUGUGCAGGCCUAGGGCGGCGGGGCCUCCCCCAGCCAGGUCGGCUCUCAGCAAUACGACCCCCCAGGGAAGUCUUCGCUGGCGUCCGGGUGGAGGGGCCGGAGGGCGGGCCCCUCCUCACAGCAAUAGGGGGAGGGGGGCCCGGUCCCACCCCGCCCCGCCCGCCAGGGGCCUUGCCGGCCCCUUCAAGCAAUAGGGUCCCGAGGGGAGACCCACCCCGAGCCCCCUCCCCUCCCCUCCAGGGUGCCCCCGGCUUUCUCCCAGCAAUAGGGUCGACGAGACCUAGAACCGAACCUCAUCUCCGAGUUGGGUCUCUGAAGACGGGGGUGAGGUGAGGUAGGGAGCGCCCUCCUUCUCCCGCCUCUGCGCCCCUGGAUCGCGUCGCAGGGACUCAGGUCUUCCCCACCCCUUCCCAAGCCUUCUAGCGCAGGGCCUGCGGCCCAGACGUCCAGGGAGCCGGCCCCUCCCCGGCAGCAGGCCGGGGCGGAGCAGGAGCGGGCGGGCCUGCAGGGACGCCCCCGCCUAGCAGUCUUCGCGGAACUCCCGGCAGUGUUAGACGCGUUGUGGGUCGGGGAGAGGGGCGGACGGCGGCACCCCCUCCCUCGGGUUGCUUCUGGGGCCUCAGUCGGAGCCGCCCUCCUACCCUCGCCUCGCAUCCUCUGCCAAAUCCGAAUUCUUCCAGCCCAGCUUCCCGGGCUCUGUCCUCCAUAUCGAAUAAUAAUGACACAUAUCGAAUCGCAUGGACUUAUCCGACCUCCUCAGACCCCGCUUCCGCCCUGCCCCGGGCCCCCACCCCCCCCGUACCCCAGGCAUUCGUGUUGGAGGACGGAUUCCCGGGGCCGGCAGGCAGGCCUGGGCGCUGCCCUCUACACACCUCUGUCUUCGCUUUGCGGGUAAAGCCCCCUGGGGGGGUUGCGGACGCGUCGGGUUUCUUUCUUUCUGUAUUUGUACGUUUUAUUUAUGAACGGAUUGCACUCGGGUCAGGGAGGGGGCGCUGAACCCCCAUCUUGCCCGCCGACGCCGGGGGCAUGGGAUGUCCGGGAUUACUUUCCACGCCCCGAGGCCCUCCCCUAGCUGGGAGCCUCUAGGGAGCCUCAGGCCCCGCCUCUCCGAGGCAGGCCCCUCCCCUGAGGCCCAGGCCCCGCCCCCACUCGGUUGCCAACUUUCGCCCGUCUAUGCCAAAGCCUCGGCGGCGACCCCGCCCCAAGGGCCCGCCCCAUUGGCCGCCGCCUUUGUGACGUCACUGCAUGCAGCCCCACCCCUACUCCCGAUCCUACCCGGGGCUGCCCGCUCCCCCUCCCUCUUAGGUAGUCCGAAGCCGACUAUAGAGCAAUAAUGCGCACUGCAUGCGAAGCUGCCGCCGCCUCUAGAGUUACUGAGAAUCAGGUAUCCCCUCGCCCUACCCACCCCAUAGGCCCCUAGAUCAGGGACGCUGCGCGGAGCCGGCCGCGCAGACUUUCUCCCCACCCCUCCCCGACCCCCACGGCAGAGCCCGGCGGCUGUAAUGGUUCCAUGGGCGGGGGUGGGGUGGUUGCACCCAAGACCCCUCCUUCAGGCAUUAAUCACUCACUGACCGUUCAUUGAGCACCUACUAUGUGCCAGGCCAAUUGCUGAGUCCGCCAGGAGCGCAGCCACCUGCUGGGAGGUGUGUUUGCAGGACAGGGGUCCAACCGGCUUGGGUGGGCCAGGGAAGAACGGCAGAUGCAGAGAGACCACCAGGUCCCUAGGCUCAGAUGCCCCCUACACUCCUCCCCACCUCAACCAGUCCCUGCUGGGCACAACUGGGCUCUACCUUUGAGUUAGGCCUUUUGACUCCAGCUGAGGGGGACAGAUCCAGGGCUCCUGGGCCCCCACACAGGUGGCCACUUCUCUGAUCCUCUGGCCAACACACAUCUGCCAUGUCCAGCCAGGGGCAGAGCCAUGGCUGGAGAAGAAGGUGCCAGCUGUAGCCUAUGGUGUGGCCAGCCUCACCCCCAGCAGCAAGCGUGGCUGCCCCCACAGGGAUGACCCACCGCUCUGCACAGCAGUGCCCACAUCCAAACACCCUACACAACCAGGCGUGGUGCCUGCACAGCUCCCAAGCUGGGGCCUGCCCACCUGUGCCGCAUGCACACGCACACACAGGCGCCCCCACCUCACCCCACCCCAUACUCUUGUCUACCUACCUAAGGAGAAAGCUGGAGGGCUGUGGGCCCGUCAGGGUCUCCUGCUUCCCCCUACACCCCGCCGCCGUGGAAAGCCAUGGGCCCCCUCCCGCCCCCAUAACUAAGCAGCACAAUAACCGACUUAGCGAAUUCAGGUAGAAGGAACGUUUAGGUAGCACCUAUUUUGUACUGAUUCUACAAGUAGGGCCCGAGGUGCGGGGGCCCUCGGGUGGGGGCUGCGGCCGCCGGCCCGCCCGCCCCCACCCCCGCCUGUGCCCCGCCGCCUUGUACAUAUUCCCACCCGGAAUAGGCCGGGAUUUUUACUCGGGCCGUGCCCCUCUUCCGCCCCCAUUUGGGGCCAGGCCGGCCGGACAGACGGACGGACGGACAGACCUCCUUCCUAAGCACAAUAGCACCAGCUCCCCGGAGCACCGCACCUCCACAAGGAGAAUAAAUGCCACUCUUGAUAGAA